AUGAGCGGACGUCAAGGCGGCAAGCUCAAGCCUCUGAAGGCUCCGAAGAAGGACAAGAAGGACGAGGACGAGGAUGACAAGGCAUUCAAGGAGCGCAAGAAGCAGGAGCAGGAGGCAAUGAAGGCCGCAAAGGAGCGGGCGCUGAAGGGCGGUCCAUUGGGCGGGACUGGCGGGAUUAAGAAGUCGGGGAAGAAAUAG